AUGGCGUUUCUUGUUUAUUCAUUUUUACCAGCAUUACCAAAAACUCUCCAUGCAUUUAUUGAUGUCAAAAAAGAGAUAUUAACAUUUGGCAGGGAUAAAAAAAAUAAUAUUGUUUUAAACUCUACAGUAGGGAGGAUAAACAAUCUUUCAAGAAAUCACUCGGUUAUAACAUCUAUAGGCAAUAAAAACAACAAUAGUAAUAAUAACAAACACAAUGAUAAUGGUAUUAACAAUGGCGAUAACGAUAACGAUAACGAUAACGAUGGCGAUAGUGAUUACAAUAAUCAAUAUUAUAUUGAAGAUUUAAACUCAACAAAUGGUACAUGGGUCAAUGGUGUUAGAAUUAAAGAUAAAGUAAGGUUAGAGCAUAACGAUAGAAUUAUAUUUGGUAGUUUACACUCUGAUGUUAGAUACACAUUUAAAAUUAUUUCGGUAAUGUCUGAAGAUAAUUUAAAGUUAUUUUCUUUUUUAAGAUCAUUGCAAAAGAAUGUAGAAAGAGAAGAGUUUACAAGACACCCUAUAUCAUUAUUAUUUACACCAUUUUUAAUAUAUGGUAAUAUUGAAGAUAGUCAUAAUAGUAAUAAUCAAAAUAUUAAUGAUAAUAAUAAUAAUAAUAAUAAUAAUAAUAAUAAUAAUAAUAAUAAUAAUAAUAAUGAUGAUAAUAAUAAAAAUAAAAAUAAAAAUAAUAGUAAUCAAAAUAAAAUUAUAACAAGAAACACCAAUAGAAUUCAAAAAUCCUGA